AUGGCUGCUGUCUGCUACCGUUUUAUCUCUGUUCUUUUAGUUCUUCCUCUGCUAAUCAAUGUAUCUCAAGCCCAGAUUCCAGGUUUUCUAAGUUUGGAUUGUGGUGGUAAAGAUAAUUUUACUGAUGAAAUUGGACUCCAAUGGACUGCUGAUAAUCAGAUGAUCUUUGGACAAACAGCUAACAUAUCCGUGUUACAUGAACAAAGAAAACAAUAUUCGACUGUUAGAUAUUUCCCUGCCGACAAUAGAAAGUAUUGUUACAAGUUUGAUGUCAUCAGUAGAACCAGAUAUCUUCUGCGAGCGAGCUUCUUAUACGGAAACUUUGACAAUAACAAUGUGUAUCCCAAGUUUGAUAUUUCUGUUGGUGCUACUCCGUGGGCCACAGUGGGCAUUUUGGAUGCUGAUAGCAUAGAAUAUGAAGAGUUAAUUUUUCUGGCCACUGAACCCUCCAUCAGUGUCUGUUUAUCCAAUGCUUCAACUGGUUCUCCAUUCAUCUCAACCCUUGAGCUCCGACAAUUUAAUGGCUCUGUAUACAUGACACAAUUCGAGAACGAGUAUUUUCUAAGUGUUUCAGCAAGAAUAAAUUUUGGUUCUGAUAGUGAUGCUCCCGUCAGGUAUCCGGACGAUCCAUUUGAUAGGAUAUGGGAGUCUGAUACUCUGCGGAAACCCAACUAUCUUGUUGAUGUUGCACCUGGCACUGAAAAAGUUUCUACCCGCAUGCCAAUUGAUGUUGGCAGUGGGGAAAGACCACCUCAGAAAGUGAUGCAGACAGCUGUAGUUGGUAGAAAUGGGACACUGACAUAUCGUUUGGAUCUGGAUGGUUUUCCUGGUUUCGGGUGGGCAUUCUCUUACUUUGCUGAAAUUGAAGAUCUAAAGCCUACUGCUACCAGAAAAUUUAGGCUGAUGCUCCACGAAGAUCCUACUCUUAGUAAGGCCAUUGUCAAUAUCCAAGAGAAUGCCCAAGGAAAAUAUCGUCUAUAUGAACCUGGAUAUUACAACAUCAGCCUUCCUUUUCUUUUAUCAUUCAAAUUUGCGAAGGCCUCUGACUCUACGGAGGGGCCACUGCUGAAUGCAAUGGAAAUCAAUAAGUACUUGAGGAGAAGCGGCGGAUCUCCGGAUGAGCAAUUUCUUGCAGACUUGAUCUCAGUUUACUCUAAUGCUGAUUGGGCACAAGAAGGUGGCGAUCCAUGUCUGCCUGCUCCAUGGUCUUGGAUCCAAUGUAGUACAGAUCCCCAGCCAAAAGUAGUAUCUAUCAAAUUAUCAAGGAAGAAUUUGACUGGUAGUAUCCCCUCUGAGUUCACAAAGUUGAGCAGUCUGGUUGAGUUAUGGCUAGAUGGGAAUGCAUUAUCUGGUACAAUUCCUGAUUUUUCUGGAUGCCCAAACUUGAAGAUAAUACAUCUUGAGAACAAUCAUUUGACUGGUGAGCUGCCCUCCUCCUUGGCAGGCCUAUCUAAUUUAAGAGAACUGGAUGUCCAGAACAAUAGUUUGUCUGGGACUGUCCCUUCAGAUCUUCUGAACAAGGGGCUGAUUUUAAACUAUGGUGGAAACAUGCUUCACAAAGGCAGCAGCGCAGGUAGUCAUGAGAAAAUUAUUAUUGGAUCAUCAAUUGGUGCUGCAGCUCUGUUGAUAGCUACUAUUGCCUCUUGCUUUAUGUUACAUAAAACAAAGAAAAACCAUCAUAACCAAGAACAACAUAAAUAUGGUUCAUCGGAUCAAUUAGCUGUCUCUUCAUUGAAUAAUGGUGCAGAGGCAGCUCAUUGCUUUACCUUAUCUGAACUUGAAAAUGCAACAAGAAAUUUUGAGAGAAAAGUGGGCUCAGGGGGCUUCGGGGUUGUCUACUAUGGAAAGCUUCCAGAAGGGAAGGAAAUUGCUGUGAAAGUCCUCACAAACAAUUCAUUCCAGGGCAAACGCGAAUUUUCAAAUGAGGUGGCUCUUCUGUCAAGGAUUCAUCACCGGAAUCUGGUUCAGUUUCUAGGUUAUUGCCAAGAAGAUGGGAAAAGUAUACUCGUCUACGAGUUUAUGCACAAUGGCACUCUAAAGGAACAUCUCUACGGGCCAAUAACUCAUGAAAGAAGAAUCAGCUGGAUCAGGCGCCUUGAGAUUGCUGAAGAUGCUGCCCGAGGGAUCGAGUAUCUUCAUACUGGAUGUGUUCCCUCCAUUAUUCAUAGGGAUCUAAAGACCAGCAAUAUUCUUCUUGACAAAAACAUGCGAGCAAAAGUUUCAGAUUUUGGUCUCUCUAAACUCGCUGUAGAUGGAGCUUCGCAUGUGUCAAGCAUAGUUCGUGGAACUGUUGGUUAUCUAGAUCCCGAGUAUUAUAUAUCCCAGCAGUUGACAGAAAAAAGUGAUGUUUACAGUUUUGGGGUCAUUCUUCUGGAGUUAAUAUCUGGUCAAGAAGCUAUUUCCAAUGAAAGCUUUGGUGACAACUGUCGCAAUAUAGUUCAAUGGGCGAAGACUCGUAUCGAAAGCGGAGAUAUCCAGGCGAUCAUUGACCCAAUGCUACAAAAUGAAUACGACAUUCAAUCAAUGUGGAAGAUAGCUGAGAAAGCUUUGUGGUGUGUUCAACCUCAUGGAAGCAUGAGACCUCCAAUAUCUGAAAUUAUAAAAGAGAUCCAAGAUGCAAUAGUGAUCGAAAGAGGCGCAGAAGCGACGAGAGAAGGCAGUUCAAGUGAUAUAUCCAGGCAUUCCCUUAAUUCUUUCCGUAACAAUGGUUCACAAGACUUGGGUGCAAGUGAGCAUCACUUGUCUAUUGAUGAUGACUCCAUUGCAGGGCCAACUGCAAGAUAG